AUGCUGCAAACACUGCUGUUCAUCUUGACUGUCAUUAAAAUGACAAACUGUGAGACUUUAUACCCUGAUGCACCGACUAACUUCUACAUCAAAGUAGAAGAAAGCUUCACUGGAGAGGCCGGUUUGUGCAUCAGAGUAUUCUGUUUUUUCACUAUCCCUCAAAGUGUCUCAGAUCCAAUUAGGAUAACCUGGUUCAAAGGAGAUCCUCAAAACCCAGCUGUUGAACUUCCUUAUUUUUCCACUAAUAUAUUUUAUCCCCAUGAGAAAGAGUGCAACUUUUUGCUAAACCACUUGGUUCAGGGUAAAUCUGAUGGUGAAUACAGAUUAAAACUCGAGUGGGGAGAAGGAAAAGUGUAUAUCUUUCCUCAGACAGUAAAUAUUACUGUUAAAACCAAGCUUACCCAGAAACCAACAAUAAGCGUCCCAUUGCUCACAGUGGGAGAGAAGGCCGAGAUAUCCUGCAAAGUUCCAGGGGAUUGCACAGAACCCUUAGCAGAUAUUGUGUGGACAGGGAUUGAUGGUGAAACUAGUCGUAGAAGUCAUGGAGUGCCUAACCAGGAAGAGCACUUUUCUAUAAUGACUUUUCAUCCUAAGCCUGAACAUCACAAUACUAAGCUCACCUGCACAGUGACACUUCAAGGAAGUAUCCGGUCUGAAAGUACUGUCAUCCUCAAAGUAAGACAUUCCCCUACAAUCCUGAACAGCUCCCGUUGUUUUGUGUGGGGUGAUGAACUGAGCUGCAUGUGUGUCAGCAGUGGUGUGCCGUUACCCCAGAUAUACUGGCCAAUAUUGAACGGUACCACGAAAUACUUCAGUGCUGUUUCAACAGAGAACAUCAUCUGCAUAAGCAACAUCUCUAUUUCUGGCUUCAGAAACGUCAACACUACCAUUGAAUGUGUCAGUGAGAAUCUAAUUGGUAUGACAAAAAUGGAAAUCCAAGUGCACAAUCAUGGUGAAAAACCAAAAGUAAGUUGGAGUUUUUCCACCCCGUGGAUAUUCUUUACCCUUUCAGUUGUUCUAAAUGUCAUCUUUGCUUCCUGUUUGACUGUCGUCCUAUGUUUUCACAGGAGAGAAAAACAUACGAAACCAAAAGAUGACGACCAUGUCUACAUGACUGCAAGGAAGAGACAGGAAUCAGUGUACGAGACUAUCAAAAUGUCUUGA